GAAAGAAAGUAGAUGCUUUAUAUGCAAAUACUUCAAGAAAAUCAUUAAAGAUAUCUAAAUAUAUUGUUCAAGAAUUCUGUAAGAAAAUCAAAUUAUUAUUUAUAGAAUAUUAUGAGGAUUACAAGACUUUUGAUAUGGACUUAGCCGAA